AUGAAGAAACGACGAACGCAGGAUCAAUCAGCUUCCGGACCGUCCAUCACCAAUGUAGAUAUCAUUGAAAGCACCGCUGUCGUAACACCAAGGCACUUUGAGAGUGGUACAACUCCUAGCCUCUCGACAGGAACGCCUAGGCAGCCAUCAGGCUUAUUGUCAUCGCUUCAAACUACGUCUCGCCCAGUAGCACGCAGGUCGCCUGCAAUUACACCGCCCCCUACGCGCCCCAAAGACACUUUACCUGAAUUAUGUAUAGAUCGGAUUCUGAAAGGCGACUAUGAGCCACCUACCUAUAUUCAACAAUCGAUAUUCAUUACAAGCAAUGCCCAUGUCGCCAGUUCAACACAAGCCUUCUUCUCUGAACGCAAGAUCAAGGUCCUGUCGGAUAUUCUCGGCCACAAUCUAUUAGGACCUCUUAUUAAGGGACUUGACGAUGCAACGUCCGCAAAGCUAAAGGGUUUCUCCCGAAUGGCCGACAAACCCUUGGCAGCAGGGUCGCCUUUAACGAAAGCAAAUAUCACCGAAGAAGACAUUUUGCAUGCAAAAGUCUAUGUUGAAUCAUUCUUCCAAUAUGUGCAUCCGAUGUACCCUUUCCUCGACAGGGAUGAGUUCGAGAAAGCCACAUCCAGGACAGAUCUCGAGGACUUUCUUUCCAGAAAUGUUAUGUGGCAGGCUCUAUACUACGCCAUCUUGGGUCUUGGAUCUAUGUAUCACAAUGGUGGCUCCUUUCUACCGGGGGAAGGGUUAUCUUGGAAGUUUUUCCAAGCAGCGUUGAAUCUUAUGCCGGAGCUCUUGCUAAUUCGGAGGACGAUAGAGACAGCACAGGCACUUAUUGCUAUGGCUAUUUUUGCCCAGGUUCACGCGUCCCUUCCGGUUGAUGAGAUCCCUGUGAACGAGGCUGCCAGAAUUACCAUCUCGCUAGGUCUCGGGAAGAGACCUAAAGCGCCAAGUAGUUUUCAGAAUCGCUCCAAAGCGUUUUGGGUAGUCUAUUGUAUGGAGAAGGAUUUUGCAUUCAAUGUUGGCAGGUCCUCGCUCAUCAACGAUUGCGAUAUAGCUUGCCCUCUUCCAUCUCAUGUUGACCCCGUUCUCGGAGAAUUGGACUGGAUUCGAGCUUGGGCUUCGUUUUCCCGACUGACAUCUAAAGCGUAUGACCUUCUAUUCUCUAUCAGUGCAACUCUCUCGGAACAAGAUACUUAUUUCAGGCAUACCGAUUCCAUUCUGGCUGAUCUUGACGCUUGGAAAGAAGCCCUUCCUCAGCAAUUUCGGCCUGGGUCGGCUAUCAAACUUCACUUAUUCAACGGUUCGGUGUCCCUGACUCUGGCGAUCAGAAUCCAUUUUUAUUAUUACAAUUUGCAAAUUGCCAUUGCUCGACUGAUCCUACAUCUGAGUGACGGUGAACAUACAGCACGACAAUCUCAAAGCAAGCUGAUGCUCAUGCACGCUGCACGGUCGAUUGUCAGUCUCACAAACUUCCUGGCCAUUGAGCCCUUCACCCCUUGUUGGAUGCUUAUCCAAAUGCCAAUGGUUGCUGUGUUCAUAUUGUUUGAACUAGUUAUCCAUAACCCAGUACACCGCGAAACUACGAACAACUUGAUCUACCUUGACUUAGCUUCUGGAUACUUUGCUCGGAUGCAGAUGACUCAAGGCGCCGAUAGGGAUCUUUCUAUAUCAAUGACGCAGUUGAUUCAAUUGGCGAGGGAUUUUGUCCAGCAAUCUCGUCAAACAUACACACACGCUGAAGAGCCUGAGCACCAAGUUGAAACCAUAUCCACCAUAUCCUCUUAUAGCAAUCUGCAUGGAAGCCACGGUUCGGAAACUCGGCAUAUAGCGCACACACCCCAAGAAGCCCAACAAACUGAUCUGAAUACCUCAAUCAACCCGCUUAACUUUAGGCAGUCGACUGAUUUUCCGAUUGAUGGUGCGGUGAGUAUCCCCAAGCUCUACGGGAAGAAGGAAGGAUAUUAA